AUGGCAUUGCAAUAUCCAUUACUUUUUCCGUAUGGUGAGGAUGGGUAUAUGCUUGGUAUACCUUAUAGGAAUUUGAAUGGGAGCAAUUCUAGAAAAAGGGAAUCAAUAACAAUGAGAGAAUACUAUGCUUAUAGGCUUCAACAACGCUUUCAUGAGGGCAAGACAUUGUUGCUUGGUAGGAGGCUUUUUCAACAAUUUAUAGUGGAUGCAUACAAUUUCAUCGAAGAAGAAAGACUACAAUGGGUUAGAUUCAAUCAAAAAAAAUUGAGGUCAGAGCUGUACUAUGGUUUGAAAGAUGCCGUUCUUCGUGGUGAUACAGAUCCCAUUACUGUAGGCAAACGAAUAGUCCUACCAUCCUCAUUUACUGGAAGUCCAAGGUACAUGGUUCAAAAUUAUCAAGAUGCAAUGGCGAUAUGUAGAUGGGCAGGUUACCCAGAUUUAUUUCUUACAUUUACUUGCAAUCCAAAAUGGCCAGAAAUUAAUCAUUCCUUAGAAUUUAUAGAAGGCCUGAAACAUGAGGAUCGGCCAAAUAUUGUAGCAAGGGUUUUUAAGAUAAAAUUAGAUGAACUAUUACAUGAUUUGAGGCAUAAAUCUCAUUUUGGAAGAGUUAUUGUUAUUGUGUAUACAAUUGAAUUCCAAAAAAGAGGACUCCCUCAUGCACAUAUUCUUCUAUUCUUGGAUCCAAAGGAUAAGUGUCCAAGUCCAACAGACAUUGAUGGUAUCAUUAUGGCUGAGAUACCAGAUCCAGAUAAGGAUCCUGUUGCUAAUGAAGCUGUAAAAAAAUUUAUGAUGCAUGGGCCAUGUGGAUCUGCAAAUCCGAAAUCACCGUUCAUGAUGAAUGGUAAAUGUACAAAACAUUUUCUGAAAAGAUUUUAUGAAGAAACAACAAUUGAUGAAGAAGGCUUUCCAAUAUAUAGAAGGAGAAAUGAUGGAAAAACAAUAGAGAAGAACAGAAUUCUUUUGGAUAACCGAUAUGUUGUACCUUAUAAUGUAGAUCUUUUGGUGAAGUACCAAUCCCAUUUGAAUGUAGAAUGGUGUAAUAGAUCUCGAUUGAUCAAAUAUUUGUUUAAAUAUAUAAACAAGGGAUCAGAUAGAGCAACAGUUGUUAUAGAAGAGAAUUUGCCAAAUAUUGGGAGUGAUGGACAAGAGACCGAAAUUGUUGUUGAUGAGACAAAAGCAUACUUGGAUUGUAGAUAUAUUUCAGCUUUUGAAUCAUGUUGGAGAAUAUUUGAAUUUCCAAUUCAAUUUCGAUAUCCACCUGUUGAAAGAUUAAAUUUUCAUUUGGAAGACGAACAUCCCAUCAUUUAUCCGGAAAAUACAAGCUUGGAUAAUGUUUUAAAUAUACCUGGUAUGGAAGAAACAAAGUUUACAGAAUGGAUGAAAACAAAUGAGGCUUUUGAAGAUGCUCGAGAGUUGACUUAUGCUGAAUUUCCUACAAAAUGGGUAUGGCAUAGUAAUGAUAAGCAAUGGCAAAGAAGGAAAUCUAAAUAUUGUAUUGGAAGAGUGUAUUACGCACAUCCUUCAAGUGGUGAAAGGUUUUAUUUGAGAAUGUUGCUUAACAUUGUCAAAGGUCCAAGAAACUUUAAAGAAUUAAGGACUAUAAACGAUGUUACUUAUCCAACUUAUAAGGAAUCCUGUUAUGCACUUGGACUUCUUGAUGAUGACAAAGAAUGGCAUGAUUCCCUAAUUGAAGCUUCGAGUUGGGCCAGUGGGCAACAAUUGCGUCAACUAUUUGUUACAAUGCUAUUGUUCUGUGAGGUAGCUAAUCCAUUAAGUCUUUGGGAAUCCAACUGGAAACUGAUUACAGAAGAUAUACUAAAUAGGCAAAGGCGUAUCCUCCAAUUCCAAGAACUAAUUUUAUCAGAUGACCAAUUGAGAAAUUAUGGAUUGUAUGAAAUCAAACAAAUCCUCCAACAAUAUGGAAGAUCACUUAGAGAUUAUCCACAAAUGCCCCAACCAAAUAUGGAUCUUAUUCAGAAUGGGAAUAGACUUAUUCAAGAAGAAAUGUCGUAUGAUGUAUCAAGUUUGAAAAGAGAACAUGAGAUUCUAAUUUCUGGCCUAAACAAUGAACAGAGAAUAAUCUACAAUUCUAUAAUGGAAGUUGUUGCUACUGAAAGAGGGGGAAUGUUUUUUGUCUAUGGACAUGGUGGAACGGGUAAAACGUAUCUUUAUAGAACCAUCUUGUCUGAUAUAAGAUCAAAAGCCAAAAUUGCUUUUGCUGUUGCAUCUUCAAGAAUUGCUGCAUUGUUGCUUCCUGGUGGAAGGACUGCUCACUCAAGAUUUCAUAUCCCAAUUAAUGUAAAUGAUGACUCUACCUGUGACAUAAAGCAAAGAACACAAGCAGCGAAACUUCUCUUAAAAACAAGUAUUAUACUUUGGGAUGAAGCACCGAUGGCACAUAGGAAUUGUUUUGAAGCUGUUAACUGCACGUUACGAGAUAUACUACAAAUUGAAGAUCCUCAAAAUGCUGAAAAACCUUUUGGUGGUAAAGUUGUAGUUCUAGGGGGUGAUUUUCAACAAAUACUUCCAGUUGUGAGAAAGGGAAGAUGA